UUAUUCUAUAGAAAAUGUAGGCGCUUGUUUGGUUUUAGCUUAUUUUACUUAAUACCACCACAUGACCAAACUCAAAAGUCCAGUGAAAGAAGCUCUAAAGUUUCUUGAAAAAUAUAAAUAUUGACCAGGGGUCGCACUGGAAACUUGAUAGAUGUAUUUGGGGUCGUCCUGAAAAAAGCUUGGUAACCCCUGGUCUAGCUGUUGGAUUAACAUUUGUAAAUAAACUGUUUUUCAUUCAGAGUUUUUCAUAUUGAGUUCUGAGACUCCGGACUAGUAAUCAAGUCUAGUAUGUGUAACUGGCCCACUCAGAUGGAUAUCAUUCAAAUAUUUGACUAAAUUGAAAGCGUUGGACAAUAUUCAGAGUUUGAACAAUCUUCAAAAUUAAUACUUCUUCUUCAAAAUACAAUCAUAAUAUGCUGAAAUAUUAUUGGCGUGUUAUUCAUUCAGAACCAUCUAAACUGUACUUUCAGCAGGGUAUAUGUAGUUGACUAUUCAGUUUGAGAGAUUUGAUGUAUGAUUUUAGAUCAGCAAUUGUCAUGCCAAAAACUUUUUCGUUAUAUAUUUGUAUUAUUAAGCAAAUAUGCAAACGAACAGGAAUAUUGCAAUCUAUAAAGUACUUAUUAAUAAGUAACUGCCUAUGUUGGGACUUGGCAUGACACCACAGAAUUUCACUUGUUUUUGAAAUAGUUUUUUUUGUAAUUGGAAUUUUCAUAUUCAUAGAACAUGUAAAAAAAAAAAAAAUUUAGAAAUUUAAAGUAAUAAGAUACAACAUUUACAAAAGAUUCAUGUUCUGAGAGAUAUAAAAUGGCUGGCUAUUUACCGAAUGACAAUCAUGGACAUAAUCAUAUCGAUAUGCAACAACACCACAAUUAUCAUGGAAUCGAACAGUUGAAUUCUGGAAUUGUUCAAGAUCAGGGCACAGAUCGCCCAAACACACUUUUCCCUUGUGACAAUGAAGAAGAUGAAGAAAUACAAGAUGCAUUUGGGAAUCGGAUAAACAGCACUUCUUUACCCAACAUGCGUCCAAGUGUCGUUAUAAGAGCCGAAGAUGAAGACAAAGUCGUUGAAAAAGAAGACAAAUAUAAAGAAAUUAAACGAGCACUGGCGCUUCGUCUUCAACAAAGAAGAACAAGAAAAGUGCUGGCAGAUCAAGGAAUCAUUCCACCAUUGAAAAGUCCAGCAGCGUACUUCGAACAAAUCCAAAAGUUGGAGAGAGCGAGGACUGGUGAUUUUCUCAACAAGAAAAUGCUAGACAGGCCCGAAAGAGAUUUACUAAUUCAAAAGCAUAUUUUGGAAGACACAAGUGCACAUGAUUCCUUAGUUGCUCAUCAAAAAGAAUUGAAGAAAGCUCAACUCGUUGAUGAUUUGAACGAGAAAAUAUUUUUCCGACCUGGUGUGUUCGAACUCGUUGAGAAGAAUAUUCUACCAGCUGAUGACAGUGUCACUGAGGCUCUGAAAGGUGGUCAUGUGCAAUACAAGAAAGUUGACGAUUUCCAAGAAGAAGACAGUAGCGAUGCUUUCUCGCCUGAACCCCCUUUAUCUCACGACCAAGGCACAUCAUCGUUCGGUUCCCCUCCCCCUACUUUUGCCCCCUCACUGUCACCUGCUAGUCAAAUUCUUUCUCAACAAACUUCUAUGGCCAACACUACAAUGCCUUCUACUUGGGCAAACCAUGUCAGUCUGUCAGCUCCUAUUACAGUGAGCAAGCACGAAUCCAUGGUAAUAUCUUCAUCUUCAUCAAGUAAAAUGGCAAGAUCAUCCACACAUACAACUGCUGGUCACCCCUAUUUAUACAGACAAUCAUCUAGUAGUAAGUCUUCCAAGAUAUCACCAUCUUCAUUGUCACAGAGAAAUAUGCGAAAAAAGAAAGAAAAACCAAAAUUUAAGAAAUUCAAAUAUCAUCAGUACAUUCCACCGGAUCAGCAAGGGAAAAGCACGGAGCCGUCAAAUUCGAUGCCAGACAUUGAUUCACCUUAUUCAAGAUUACUUGAGCAACAACAAUUAUAUCUACAAUUACAAAUCAUGAAUCAGCAUUAUCCAUCACUGAUGAAUAAUCAAAAGCCGUCGACGAGCAAUCAACAGCAAACUAUCACAAAAAAUUUUGUUCCCCCACCUCCUCCCCCUCCCCCCACUAACAUUCAACCAAAAGUUGAAAAGAAACGUCGACCAUUCACUGUUCAGCAACUGGAAGAAAUGAAAGUUGCGGAAUUGAAAGAAGAGCUGAAAGCCAGGAAAGAAAAGGUAACAGGAACCAAAGAAGUUUUAGUUGAGAGAUUAAAAAGAUAUGCAAUACCAAGUCCUAAUCCUGUUCCGCCAAAUCAGCCAAUCAGUGAAAGUAUAACUGGUUUAAUAAACGCAACAAUACAAAGUACAAUUCGUGCCAACACAGAACAAGCUCUCGCUGCAGCUGUCAGUAAUAAUGGAGCUGCAGGAGCUUUGUUAUUGAAAGCCAGAACAAGAAGUCCACCCGGACAACAGAAACAAGAACAGGUUCUUCAGCCGCCAAGUUUUGCCAUCCAAGUAGUGACAACAAAACAAGACUCACGACCUGUAUCAACAGUACCAAUGGAUACUCAGAACCAAGAAUCCCAUUCUAACAACAUGCAGCAGGGACAGCCAUCCACAUUCCGUUUCGCACCGACGUCCAAUGGUGUACAAAUAUUUAGCACGACACAGGCUAUGAAUGUAAACAGUGCAGUUGGUAAUGGAAAUAUACAACUGCAACAAACUUCUGCCACUGCCAACCAGUUCCAAUUUAAUACAGUCAACACACCACAAUCCACUGCCAAUAGCCAACCUUUACAGAAUUCAGCUGUGCCAGGUCAAAGGGUGAUCGCGCCAGCACCAGGCAUCCAGUUCAAAGUUGAAGGUUCAAGUGGCAGUGGACAGCAGUAUGAUUUCUCGGAGAAAAUAAAAGAUGAUUUACUUCAUAAACAACAGAAAGAAAUUGAAGAUUUGAGACGAAUGGUCGAAUUACAUCGAACUCAACUAAGCCAAAUUCAAGAGAAAGAGAGGAAAUCUCAACAGCAUGAUAUGACCAAUAACAACACUGGGUCCAAUGCAAUUGACCAACAACAAGACGGAAUGAGUUUGGCUGAACAGAAUAUGAAGCGACAACACAUAUCACAAAUGUUACAAAAACAUUUACAAAAUAGGUUGAACAAUAAAGAUCCUGCUAUGAUUAAUGGACUCAAUCAACAAAUGGCUACAUUAAUCAAGCAAGAACCACCAGUUCAACUUCCAGACAAUGUUUUCAGUUUCACAUCCAACACAAUGCCUCCUAAUGUAUCAUUGGUGCCUCUCAAGUCUGCUGAUAAUUCUCCCACUGUUCACAGUCAACAAGAUGAUGCUCCUAUAAUUCUUAGCGUAAAUCAACCGGUUGAAAAGAGAAGUUUGUCUGAAAGCAAAGAUCCACCUAAAUAUGAUCAAGCUAUACAGAUGUUAAAUGAGGAGAAACGUCGUCUCAGUCAUCAAAGUUUCGGAAGUCAAGAAAACAUGAUGGGAUCGCCCGCUAGUGGUGUGGGUGGUGACAUCGCUAACUCGGAUGAUAUGGAUGAUAUUCUAGAAUUAUUGGUCAAUAAAGGAGAAAUUCCACUCACUCCAACAAGACAGAAAAACUUUCCACAGUCAGCAGUAAUUGAUCACCGCCAACCACAGCACGCCACGAUGCAUUAUCAUUACAAUCAAGCACAACAACAACACAAUACGCACACUACAGACGCAGCAGCCGCUAAUCGACGAAGUUUGGAACAUUUACAUCGGGCGAUUUCAUGCAACGAACUUGACACCAUGCAACAGCAUAGGCGUUCGCUGGAACUCCCGACUCUCGUUCCCCUUGCUGAUGCUUCACAAGGGUUUCAUAAGGAUCCAAACCUUCAAAGGCGACAUUCAGGGGAUAUUUUAGAAUCCAGCUACCAAAAUAGACAUACUGGGGACAUAUUAUCAUUCCAUGUUGGUAACCAUACUGGUCUAACUCCCCUUUUCGCUGAAAAUCAAACUGAUUUUACAAGUCUACUUGUUAGUAGUGCGGGUGAUAUUUUAAUGGACGCAACGCGUGGUCCUCCUUCGAAUAUUCAAAGCCGAAUGAAUAACCCAAAUUGUAUUUCACCUGACGCGGUAACAAUAGAUCCGAUUCUCCAGCAUACCAAUUCUGUUGGGAAGCAACUGGAUGAAAGUCAUAAAAGUCACCCAAGCGGGUUUUUAAACAUGAAUGACCCCUACACUACCCAACCGUUUUCACCCAUGGACACUGGAUCGUCUGAUAUUCCUCGGAACAGCGGAAUGUUCGAGGAACGAAUCCGUGAUCCACAUUUAUCAUCGUCGUCUAUUCAUGAUUCCGAGCCGUCUCUUGAUAAAUGCCUCGAUUCUGUGAGCAUGCCAUCCAACACGGCAUCGUACUUACGACACUAUGGACAAGCGCUAGCAGGGGCUUCCCCCCAACGUAACAAUUUAGUAAAAUCGUCAUCUCAAGAACUUUUAUCCGAUAACACUUCUGGUAUGGACCACACUAUGCAGGUAGACGAGCUAGGAUGGCUUGAUUUGACGUUAACUUCCCCGUAUCAUGCUCCCCCCUCACCCAUGAGUUUGCAACAACAGCAAAGAGCCUCGAUCCACAGCUCUGUGGGUUCAAUUUUGGGACAAGAAUCAGGAGGAAACCCCUAUAAUCUUUCUGGGGAGGGUCUGGGAAAUAACGAGUUUGAUUUGAUCGAUUCUUUAGAAUUAAAUUCGAUUGGGAACACUGGUAUUGAUUGGGAUGGUCUUUAGAAUGUAAAAUGCGAGAUUUUUUUUUUACGCAAUUCUUUGAAAAAAACAAUGUUCCACAAAGUGCUUAUACGUUUUCAUAUCUGUUUCAUCUGUUCAAUAGUUUUUCUUCUGGUUAUGACUUCAUUCCGGAAUAUAAUGGAUUUCCCAGCAAGAUCAGUUUGACAAAAAAAAUAGUUGGUUAUCCUGAUUAAAAAAUUUGUCAAGAUCAAGAAUUUUUUGUAAAUUUUGAUAUAUAUCAUGCAAAAGUUAUGAUUAGAAGACAGUUGAUUAUCCAAAAAAUGUUAAAAAAAAAUUUCGAACUUUUCAAAUUUUUUUUCUUUAAUCUCCCUCAUUAUAAAAAUCAGUAAAUUUUGCCGUAAUUUAUUUCGAAAAGUCAAAAUUUGAUCAGUAAAAGAAUUGAUUAUCCAAAUUAUGAUGCGAAAAAAAAGUCAAAUUCCUUAAUUUUACAUUUUAGUUUGAAUUUGAAUAUGAAUUUCAGUAAAUUUGAUGAGAAAAGCUGUUGAUUAUCCA